AUGGCUCUGAGUGUGAACGCUAGAAUAUUUAUAAUAGGAUGUGGAAUAUCAGGUAUAGCAGCGGCACACCGACUUGUCAAUGCUGGAUUUCGACGUGUGCGGAUACUUGAAGCAACUGCAAGAAGUGGAGGAAGAAUAAAAACUGGUAGACUGGGUGAUAAUAUUGUUGAGGUAGGGGCAAACUGGAUCCAUGGACCGUCUGAGGAGAACCCAGUGUUUUGUCUGGCCCGCAAGUACGGGCUGCUGGAUCCAGAGGCCCUCAAUCCAGAGAACCAGGCUACGGACGUCGAAGGAUAUCCCCCCAAAGUUCCAAAUGUCUUCAGCAGUUCAGGUCAGAAACUGAAUGCUGAGGACAUCUAUCCUGCUCAGGAGCUGUUUAUUAGGUUAAUGUGUGCAGAAUUUGAGAGUCAAGGAGGAGAACCCCAGGCCUGUGUGGGAGAUUUCAUACGUUCAAAGGUUCAACAACGAGCAGCAGAAGAGUGGAAAGAUGUUGAAGCAGCCACCAGAUCUCUGCGACUGUGUAUGAUCAGUAACAUGUUAAAGGAGGAGUGCUGUAUUAACGGGGCUCACAGCAUGGAUGAGGUGGGUCUGGAUGCCUUUGGCCUAUACAAGACUUUUCCUGGGAUGGACUGUACAUUGCUAGGUGGCUUUGAAGGUCUUAUCAAAAACCUGAUGUCGGAGCUCCCCAGUGGUUUAGUGACCUACAAUCAGCCUGUUCACUGUGUCCACUGGAACAACACAGAGAAGAGAGAGAGCCCUGUGAUGAUCGAGUGUGAUGAUGGGGAGAAGGUUGCUGCUGAUCAUGCUAUUGUCACAGUUCCUCUAGGAUACCUAAAGAAGCACCAUUCAGACCUGUUCCAUCCUCCCCUCCCUCUACACAAGCUGCACUCCAUCCAGAGACUAGGUUUUGGAACAAGCAAUAAAAUUUUUCUGGAGUUUGAUUCACCGUGGUGGGAUGCUGACUGUGAGGUCAUCUACCUGGUGUGGGAGGAUGAGGAUGUCAUGGUGGACCAGGUGCCAGAUGUGCAGAGGUCCUGGAUGAAGAAGUUGUUUGGCUUCACUGUGCUGAAACCCACUGAGAGGUAUGGCCAUGUUCUGUGCGGCUGGAUUGCUGGGCAUGAGUCAGAGUAUAUGGAGACACUGUCUGAACAGGAGGUCACACACACCAUCACACAACUCAUCCGCAGAUUUACAGGAAAUCCUACCAUCACCCCGAGGAGAGUCCUGCGCUCCCAGUGGUUUCAUGACCCCUGGACAUGUGGAGCGUACUCUCACCCAGGAAUAGGCUGUUCAGCGCAGGAUCUGGAGAACAUGAGGGAGCCCCUGGGAUCACGGUCACAGCCCCUGCAGGUGCUGUUUGCUGGAGAGGCUACUCAUCCAGACUACUACUCCACCGUCCACGGAGCUCUUCUCACUGGGUGGAGAGAGGCUGACAGACUCAUCUCUCACUACUCCUCCAUCAGUCCAGAUCUAAAAUUUUAAAAUGUUUUUAAUCCCCAAAAUUUAACAAUCUUGUA